AUGGUCUCCGAUGCUGACCGUCUACGCAUCGCGAUAGCUCUCACUGCAUUGAAAUACAAACCAAAAGACGUGUCUUGCGCGUCUUACGUUCUGCAACUGCGAACGGUCUUCCCGGCGUCCCAACCUGCUCCUCCAACAUCGGAUGGGUCGUGGCGGACACAUGCAUUGUCGCUGGAGAAAGAGAUGGUCGACUUGAAGCAAAAGUAUGACGCGGAGCGAAUCAAGAGUGCUGGUAUACUGUCUCAACCGUCCUCUUCAACAGAGCCACCAAGUAGCAAUCCGUUAACAACCACUACCAAGAAAAGGCCGAAAAAGAAAUCUCAGUCCGACAAGAUGAAUUCAGUUAGACCGAAGCUUGAAAGCAUUCAGGUAGAAAUAGCUACAAUACCGGGUUCAGCAUCGUUGUUCUCGAGCCUUUCCUCGUUCCAGCAGCUAACCACUUCUCUAAACGUCGACGAAACUACUCCGGCCCAACGGUCUCUGCUCUUGCGUACGACCCAACUUGUCAUCUCAGGCAUGGCCGACUUUCUCCAGCCGAUUCUUACAAGCUCAACUUUGACUGUCGCCUCCCAAUCCACAACGCUCCAUCGUUUCUCUGAUCUCAUGUCCCAGUUGUUGUCGACUACCCUUCCUAUUCUCAUCCGUAGACCGACUACCGUCUCCACUCUAAUGAACAAGCUGCUUGACUGUAUGAUAUCGUCAAUAUUUACGCCAAUAAUCCAAUCUUUCAUUCCUCUCUGCGAUCGUUUUCUGUCCGACCUCUUCCCCUUGAGGCCAACCGAGUCCAUUCCAGCAGACCUCCGUCCCGCCGUGCUUCAACUCUUCCAAAGCUCGUUCACAUCACUUGUUUCGACACCAUCUGCAUUCCAGCAUAACCUUCGCAAUUCCCUUGCGCUUACAACAGUGACCCAGCUGCAAACACUCUUUCCUGCCCCCGCUUCCGCCAAAACCCACAUUAGUCGCGUCAGGAGUCUGGCGCGCAAAGACGCGGUCUCCUAUCUCUGCACAACGCUACAUCUUCUUUUCGCUUCCCCCGCUUGCUUCCCCGUGCCUGUAACAACUCCGGAGGAGGCACCAAACUCGUUUGAGCAGCGGAUUACGGACGGUCUAACCAAGAUCGUCCGCCAGUGUCGUGUGCCGGCGAAUGAGGCGAAUUCAGGCGCCGAAAUUGUUGACGAAGUCGAGCAUGGGAUGGUCCUCGGCGUUCUGGAGGAGUAUUGGAAGUAUUCUUCUACUGUGCAAUGA